GUGUGGUGAGGCGGUUCUAAACUCCUGACCAUGUUUACACCUCAGACAUAAUCCUGUCUUCUCCCUUUCACACCAUAUUACGCUCAGGAGAGAAAACUUCUGGAACUUUACUGUUUGGGCUGUCAAUGUGUGCUACCUUAUCUCAGAAGCGGGAUACUAUCUUCACCACCAGGGUCUGCCUCAGAUAUCGCCACCACCAGGGUCUGCCUCAGAUAUCUCCACUACCAGGGUCUGCCUCAGAUAUCUCCACUACCAGGGUCUGCCACAGAUAUCUCCACUACCAGGGUCUGCCUCAGAUAUCUCCACUACCAGGGUCUGCCUCAGAUAUCUCCACUACCAGGGUCUGCCUCAGAUAUCUCCACUACCAGGGUCUGCCUCAGAUAUCUCCACUACCAGGGUCUGCAUCAGAUAUCUCCACUACCAGGGUCUGCCUCAGAUAUCUCCACUACCAGGGUCUGCCUCAGAUAUCUCCACUACCAGGGUCUGCAUCAGAUAUCUCCACUACCAGGGUCUGCCUCAGAUAUCUCCACUACCAGGGUCUGCCUCAGAUAUCUCCACUACCAGGGUUUGCAUCAGAUAUCUCCACUACCAGGUUCUGCCUAAGAUAUCUCCACUACCGGGGUCUGCCUCAGAUAUCUCCACUACCAGGGUCUGCCUAAAAUAUCUCCCAUCUUAUCUAUUUAUUUGGCUUUUUGUUUGGGAAAGAAGUGUUCAGUGCUUGUGGUUUAACGCUCUCAACUUGGUCCUCAAGAAGUGGACCCCAUUUGAACCAUCUAAAUCGGUCUGUGAUUGGCUGUUUCUCAGUAAGGGUGUUCUGUACGGUACUGUGCCUCAGAGGCUAAACAGCCAUGUACAAAAGCAGUUACUCCCAGGCCAAGUUUGGCUUGGAGGCCAGGAGGAAGAUCCAGAAGCCCAGAGGGAAGAGCUGUGGCUACUACAUGAGGGUUGUAUUCUUCUUCUCCUCUCUGAUCCAGUCACUCAUCAUCGUCAGCCUGGUGCUCUUCCUGGUCUACGGGAGCUCCCCAGACGUGGCGGCCGAGAGCCGGGUCAAGGACCUGGAGAAGAGCUUCAACCACCUCUCCAUUGACAACAUCAACCUCCGGCAGCAGGGAAAGAACUUGACGAAGCUCCUGAAUGCCACCCUGACUGACAAGAUUCGCAACGACAAAUAUAUGAUGAGUGUGCGUCAAGUGGCAAACGGGUCUGGCAUGUUCAUCGCCAAUCUCAAAGGACUAGUGACUCAGUGUGAAAAUGAUAAGGGAAGAUGUCAGAUUCAACUUAGAAUGAGCCAAUGCUUCAGGGCCAUGCCCCCAAAUGAAAACCAGGUCCAGCAGCUGGAGCAGUUGCUAAAGCUAGUGAGCUCCAACUUCAGUCAGACGGUGCAGUUCAUGAGGAUGGAGAUGGAGAACACAGCCAUGGACAGGGACACCCUGACCCUGGAGGCCAUCUCCCUCCAGAGGGACAAGACCUUCCUGCAGAGACAACUGGAGGGCUACAGGAAGAAGUGCAAGGAGGACUUUGUCCAAUCCUUGGCCGGCAUCUCCGACGUCUCUAAAGCCUUCCUGUUGAAGAUCGACAACCUUCUGCCCAAUGUCAGCCCCUUCCUGCUCACCUGCGAGAAGCAGCUCCACCACCUGGACCAGAUCCGCAACAACUGCACCGGUCUGUCCCGCGAGGUGGAGAACAAAUUCCAGCAAUACCUGAACAAGGUGGGCUCUCAGAUGUCGGAGAUUGAGGGUUGCAGUGCCAGGCUGCAGGCAGAUAAAGAUCAGCUGAAGGAGACCUACAACUGGUGCAGCAACAACCGCAGUGCCAUGGCCCUGGAGCACCGCGAGAAGCUUCAGAAGACCCAGGAGAAAUAUGACCGACAGAGGGAGAGGCUGCUGAUGGAUAGCAGAAGGCUGCAGGGGGACAAGGAGCUGCAGGAGACGGUGAUGAAGGUGAAGGAGGGCGAGAUCGGCAUUCUCAAGGACAAGCUGAAUAACCUCAACACCUCACUGGUCAACUGUGGCUCCAGGACCGGAAUGGGUAACCCAGGAAUGUCCGGACCAAAUCAGACUGGACCCUGGAGUAGCAGGCAUGGGAUGGGUGACCCUGGCUCAACUGGGAAUGGAUUUGGCAUGGCAGGGUCAAGCUCAAGAGGGUUUGAGUCCACUGGGAUGGGUUCAAAUCCAUUCGGUAGUGCUGGGGCAGGUGGGACAGGGACAGGUAACAAGCCAGGCUCAACUAACCAAUUUGGUAAUACAGGAAUGGGAAGGACAGGGUCAAGUUCAAGUUCUACUGCAUUGGGUUCGUUAGGGCCAGGUAAAGUGUGGGCAGGUCGAACAGGGACAGGCCCGACAGGAGAGUUGGGUGCAAUGGGUUACGCAGGGAUGGGUGAGGCAGGGUCGAGUGCAACAGGGCAGGGCAACAGGGGGCCAACCGAAAUGGGUUUGGAGGCUACAGGUGGGUGGGGUUCCACAAGAAUGGGUAACACAGGGAUGGGCGGGGAAGGGUCUAGUGUAACAGGGCAAGGUAAAAGGGGGUCAACUGCUGGAACAGAAUUGGGUGCUGGAACUGGUGGGUGGGGUGCUCCUGCAACAGGAAACGGCAACACAGGACUGGGUAGGUCCGGGUCAAGUGCUUCGUCAUCAUCAGGCGCCACAAGGAUGAACGGUUCAGGAAUGGACAGCUCAAAGGGUUUAGCACAUAUCAAUCAACACUUACGAGAACUGCAGCAGUAUUCUAAGGCCGACUCCGGCUCAGAAGUCUCUGGGUAAUCCAUGAAAUUUCAGAGGAAAAUGGAGGAAACCUAUAAAACCCGGUCUCCUCAUAUUGAGUUCUGGGCAAUGACACAAACACACCUCCAGGCUGUGUAAGGGCAAUUUUACCAAGAAGGAGAGUGAUGGAGUGCUGCAUCAGAUGACCUGGCCUCCGCAAUCACCCGACCUCAACACGAUUGUGAUGGCUAGGGAUGUUGGACUGCAGCGUGAAGGAAAAGCAGCCAACAAGUACUCAGCAAAUAUGGGAACUCCUUCAAGACUGUUGGAAAAGCAUUCCAGGUGAAGCUGGUUGAGAGAAUGCCAAGAGUGUGCAAAGCUAUCAUCAAUGCAAAGGGUUUGAAGAAUCUCAAAUAUAAAAUAUAAUUUGAUUUGUUUAAUACUUUUUUGGUUACUACAUGAUUCCAUAUGUGUUAUUUUAUAGUUUUGAUGUCUUCACUAUUAUUCUACAAUGUAGAAAAUAGUACAAAUAAAGAAAACCCCUUGAAUGAGUAGGUGUGUCCAACCUUUUGACUGGUACAGUACGUAUAAUAUCAUUUAUAACAAUAGCAGCUGCACUGUAAUAUAUCAUAAAAUAAUUUCUGCUGCUUCAUGUAUUUCAUUGUUUUGAAUGUCCUUGAUAACCAGCCACUAAUGUACGUUAAUUGAAUAUGUUUAUUUAGUCAGGAGAAAGGCAUAAAAGUUUUACAUAAGCUGUUUUCAAUGUACUGUAUAUACUUUUAUUAAAAACUAAGGAAUACUUCUUGCAAACCUG